GUGACGUAGCAGACGGUUUGUGAUUGCGCCCAGAGACUGCGCACGGCGACGCACACCGCUCCGCUACGCUGCGCUUCAACAGCAAAAGUUUGAGAUCUCCGAUAUAAACUCUCUACGGGGUCGAAAUAAACCAAACCAACGCAAGGAAGGGUUUCUGAUACAAAACAGAAUAUUAUUGACAUGAAGACCAGACUUUAGUCCUCACGUUUAGACGCAAAGUCAAUGCGGAGGAUCUGCGGGGAUCUGAUUUAUUCGCCGCUUUCCUUGGAUGUUGAGAUGCCCCAAAAUAAGUGAUACAAUCUCUGAUCUCUUCUGCAGUGCGCACCGACUCAUCAACCACCAUGAAAGACGACUUUGUUGACGAAGAGGAGGUGGAGUCUUUUGGAUACAAGAGGUUUGGCAUCCAGGAGGGCAGCCAGUGCACCAAGUGUAAGAACGACUGGGUCCUGAAGGGCUCCAUAGCGCUGCUCUACGUCCUGUGCACCCUGCUCACCAUCGUGGUGGCCGUGCUCGGAUACAAGGUAAUGCAGCGGGUGGACAACGUCACCGAAGGAAUGACCAACUAUGGAGGGAAGAUCAUGGCUGUGGAGACGGAUCUGAAGAAGAUGGAGGGGGAGAAGUCGGACAACGCCAGCUCGGAGAUCCAGGCCUUCAGGAACAACCUCCAGGCCCUGCAGAGCCAGCUGACGGUGGUGGCCGAGCGCAGCAGCAGCAACCAGGCCGUGCUGGGCCAGCUGAAGACCUCGGGCCUGGACCUCCAGAGCAGCCAGGGCUCCAUCCAGGGCCUGCUGGACAGCAACGCGGCCACCCUGCGCUCCGUCAACGGCUCCCUGCUGGCCUACGGGGGCACGGUGGAGGGUCUCCAGGAGGACACCACGCGGCUGCAGACCGACCUCCAGGAGCAGGUGAAGCUCCAGAGCCAGGCGCUGCUCCGCAUCGGCAGCCUGAACCUCACCCAGGCCCAGCAGAGGGGGCUGCUGGUGGGCCUGCAGCGCUCGGUGGAGGACACCAGCCAGGCCAUCCAGAAGAUCCGCAACGACUUCCAGAGCCUGGAGCAGAGCCUGCGGCAGACGCGCUCCGACUCGGAGUGGCUCCGGGACAAGGUGGAGAACCUGCAGGUCCUGGCGUCCAACGCCUCGGUCCUGGCCAAGGCCAACAACGACAGCCUGGAGGACGUGGGGGGCCAGCUGGGCUCCCUGGCCGGCCAGCUGCAGAACGCCAGCAGCCUGGCCGACGGCCACGAGCAGAGCCUCCGCGAGCUGAUGGACCAGCAGAGGGACCACGACAACCGCACCGCCGGCCGCAUGGGCCAGCUCGAGUCGCGGCUGGACGAGUCGGAGCGGCGCGUGGACCGUGUGACGGGCAACAUCAGCUUCACCACGCAGAUGCUGGGCUCCAUCAACAUCAACCUGAACGGCCUGCGGAACUGCGCCGAGACGGUGGGCCGCCACUCGGACCUCCUGCUGGGCCUCAACCACAGCGUGACGGACGUGCAGGGGCACUCGGCGGACCUGAGGGCGCAGCAGGAUGAGCUGUCCACGCGGCUGGACUCGGAGGUCACCAACCUGUCCAUCGUCAUGGAGGAGAUGAAGCUGGUGGACAACAAGCACUCGCAGAUCAUCACGAACUUCACCAUCUUACAAGGUCCGCCGGGUCCCAGGGGCUCAAGAGGGGACAGGGGCCCCCAGGGACCCCCGGGUCAGUUCGGCCCUAUGGGGGAGAAGGGGGACAAGGGGAGCCCUGGCGUCCAGGGGCCAUUGGGAGACAAGGGCUCCCCAGGACCCCCAGGACUACCAGGGUUGAAGGGUCCGCAGGGUUCCCGCGGCAACCCCGGCUCCAAGGGCUCCCGGGGGUCGGGGGGCAGGGCCGGGGGCCCGGGCUCUAAGGGAGUGCCGGGCACCGCAGGAUUGCCAGGAAGAGACGGACAGUCGGGGCUUCAGGGGCCACAGGGGCCACAGGGAGAGCCGGGGAUCCAAGGGCCGAUGGGCCCCCUGGGGGAGCGGGGGCCCUCGGGGGCCCCCGGACCUCCGGGGUUACCAGGACUUCCUGCUCGCACGCCACCCAUGCCGCUGGCGCUGGUGUCCCUACAGAGCCAGGCCCCUGUGCCCACCCUGUGGGCCCCAGGUUGUCCCCCAGACUGGAUCAACCGCAGGAACACGUGCUACUUGUUGUCCAAGGACAUGCAGAGCUUUAACGACGCUGAGGCGAUCUGCGUGAAGAAGUCCGGGUCUUUGCUGGUCCUGGAGGACGUGGAAGAACAGAGAUGGCUGAGGGAGCAGAUGAUCGGGAAGGGGUACUUCUGGAUGGGUCUGACGGACCGCCUGCAGGAGAGUGUCUGGUACUGGCUGGACGGGAAGCGACCAAGCUUCACGAUGUGGAAGCAAGACCAGCCUGACAACUGGAGCGACGUCCAAAAUGAAGGGGAGGACUGCGCUGGGAUCCUCAACGACGGUUUAUGGAACGACUUCUACUGUGAAGACCUUAUGAACUACAUCUGUGAGAAGCCCAUGGAGAGCUCAGGAUCCCCAGGAUCGUCGCUCUGAAAGAGCAGUAAAAAUGACUUGGUUAGUGGUUAGCUGUUGGCGGCCCACUGGCUUGCCGCAUGGACAGCUCGUACGGAGUCAGAAGAAGGACAAUUUUGGUUUGGGACUCAGUAUGACGCCAAACCACUGCUCCACUGCUGUCCUGCGGAAACUCCGACCUACGACCCCUGAUCCGAUACAAGAGAAGGAUUUAUAUGGAUAUUUUUUUUAUGAUGACCUGUAAAAGCGUUUUUUAUAUUGCUUUAUUCCAUGUACACCUGAAUAUAUGAAUGUAUAUUUCAUUAUGCAUUUUUUUAUAUGAUGCCUAUACAGCCAAAGAGACUUAAUUGUUCCUUACACAGAAAAAUGAUCAUGUUACGACAAUGAAAAGUGUGAUUAUGGAUAAUUUCUGAGAAACCCUCAUCUCGCCGUUCUUUGCAAGUUCUCGUUAUGUUAACCACAUGAAUGUCUGACUAAAUCAUUUUAAUCAUUUAUAAUAUAAAAUAACUAAUAUUUACUACCCAGUGGGCCACUUUUGGUAAGCAGAACUUAAGCUGUGGGAUGAAGCGAUUAUUAUGAUAGUAUUUGCACAUCAAAUGGCAAGAGAUAGAUUUGGAGAUUAAACCAAAGACAGAUUUUUUCCAGCUCAUUGAUUUGUUUAAUAUGUGGCCAUGCACUUCCUGUAUCUACACAGGAAGUGUGUUCCAGGAUUUCCCACCGUCUCAUAAAGACUGAAACGAACCUCAGAGACCAAACUAAAAAACAAACAACACAAGCCAUAACACAAACUGCACCAAUAAAGACAAAAACAACACAAACCAAACAUGUUGCGUCAACAUCUUUUUUCCAGUGAGUGUUUUAAUAUUGAAAUGCCAUCAGGCGAAGCGUAACACUUUCUCUUCAGUCAAGCUGGUCAUCGCCAGGUCUAUCACAGAAUGCACUCAAAGGUAUUGUUGGAUUUGAUUUAUUCAUGGGCGCAUACGAAUGGAUUCACAUUUUUAUUGUUGAAAAGUUGCAAUGUUAUUCACAUAUUCUUUUUCUCCUGUAUUGUUGCUCACAUUAUUAGCAUACCACGCCUUCAAGGCUGCUUCUUCCCGCCAACUUUUGGGUCAACAUUUCUAAGGCCAAUCAACUCUCACUCACAUGCUGUUUUCCAUCUUUACGUAGACUCAGAUUAAAGUCACGCUCUUUCAGCUGCACAGAAGAAGACAGUGAUGUUUCUAUAGCACCUCUAGUGUUGGGAACUAGCUACUGCAGACCAGCAACACGACGUCCAAUGAAGACUGUGAGCACGAAUAAUCUAACCGCUACGACUGUCUCACAUUCUGCAUCACGUGCUUUCGGACUGCAGGUCUCUACUCAUUGAUGUGCUCAUUUUGAUGAGGUAAACAUUAACACAAAGAGAAGGUAAGAGUUGGUAGCAGCUUGUACGUUGCCCUUCUUUGGACGGCAUUUUUUCAACAAAUCCUCUUAACUUGCUGCUCCUCUACAGACUAA